AUGUCGAAACAGCUGCCCUUCAGCGCCGAGGUCAAGCCCCGUAAUCGCUUCUCGGCUCGCAGUCUGGCAUUAAUUAUAGCCAGUGCUGGCCUGUUAGCCACGAGUUACAAUUUUUCUCGUCAUUCAUGGUCGCUCGGGGACCAAAAGCACUUCGCGGCGGAUCAAAGUGUAUGGAAUGACGCGGACAACCCCGCCCGCGUGAAAACCUUCCAACAAUGUGCAAUCAACAAUCUUCUCGAGACGGGGCUUCCAUUCAUGGAAAGUGUCGCGCCCAUCGCAGUUGCGGACUUUGAAGAGCGACGGGAUCGAUUGGCGCAAGCGCUGGUCGCCGAGGGAGCUGAUGCAUUUGUGGUGGAACCAGGAUAUACGUUCAAGUACUAUGGCAACGUGAGCCAGCCCGAGUGGGAAGUGUGGGAGCCGGAAGAGCGUCCUUUCUUGAUGGUAAUACACCCAUUUCACGAUCAAGCCACAGGCAAUGUCAAGGCCAACACCACUUUUCUCUGUCCAUCGUUCGAGGCUGAACGCGCCCGUCUACUUGGGAUGCCCUUUUCCAAGGAAAUCUCAAUCGUUCCGUGGGAGGAGCAUUGGAAUCCGUACACUACUCUCUGGCAAUCGGACGUGUUCAUGGGUCUCCGUCAACCCGCACGUCUGAUGGUGGACGAAGAAAUGCGGGACUUCAUCCAACGCGGACUUGGAUCUGCAGGAUUCGAGGUAGUCGGUCUACAGGGUCAGGUUGAGGAAGUUCGACAGAUCAAAACUGCUAGGGAGGUUGACAUUUUGCGCGCGGUCAAUACCGGAACUGUUGAGGCGGUGCGACAGAUGAGAAAAUGCCUCUACCCAGGAUUGACCGAGAAUGAAAUAGCUGCUGCCCUCGAUGACGCCCUUCGAGCUGCUGGGUUGGAUCCCUUCUUUGACAUCGUGCUUUUUGAUGAGAAUGCAUCCAACCCGCAUGGUGGAACUAAUGGGUCUAAGGUUUUGGAAGCCGAGACCUUCGUGUUGAUCGAUGUUGGUGCACAUCUCUAUGGAUACUCGUCGGAUAUUUGUCGCACUUUCUUCCCGCCGUUCUUGCAGAAGCCUUCCAAAGACGAUGUGCUUUUACCGCGCAUGAGUGAGAAGCUGAAGGUUUGGGACAUCGUUUUCGAGGCGCAAACUCGCUCAAUUGAUCAAAUGCGUGAGAACAUGACCGCAGCCAGUGUAGAUAUUGCUGCCCGCGACGUGAUCAGUCAUGCUGGGUAUGCAGAAGCCUUUACGCAUCGCGUGGGGCAUGGUAUUGGGAUCAAAGCCCACGAAAGCCCAUAUAUGAACCAGGGAAAUACAGCGAGCUUAUUAAAAACCGGCAUGACUUUCACUUCGGAGCCCGGAAUCUAUCUAGUGGAUGAAUUCGGGGUGAGACAUGAAGAUGUGCUUCUCGUUCAAGGAGACGGAAAGCCCCAGCUUUUGACAGGAAGCCGAGCCCAAGGCCCUUGGGAGCCUUGA